AUGUACACGAGGGAUGCUCGUAACAGCUUUGUUUACGAUCCAAAGGAUAGUAAAUGGGAGACAGACAAGAGGCUGAAUAUGUUGUUUAAGUGGGAGGGUGGGUGUGUGGUUGAUGACGUAUUGUGUUACUGCGAUAUUCGUGGUGGGAAGGUGUUGAGAGCUUAUGACCCAAGAAAGAUUAGUUGGGUAGUGGUGAAAGGUUUGGAAAGAUUGGUGGCUGAAGGGAGAUUUUCAGAAUCGUAUUACACUGGGAGUUGCCGUGGGAAGCUGGUUUUGUUUUUCUCUAAAGAUCGUAGGAUAAAAGGUAUCAGGUGUGCGCAGAUUUCACUGGAAAGGAGGCACCACCAGGGAAGAAGUGAGAUUUGGGGUAAGAUUGAUUGGUGUGAUGAUGUUUUGUUUCUUAGUGAUGAUCUUUUCGUUACGAAAACUCUAGAUGUUAUUCUUUGA